GCCAUGGGCAGCGUGCCCCUUUUGUCUUUGCGUGCGGACUUUGUGCGUGCCUCACAACACGGGGACUACACGAUGCGCACUGUUAUGGUGUCAGACCCUUAAGCUAGGACAACGUGAGUAAGAGAUGGGGGUGGGAAUUGGCCAUUCCUAAAAUGUUCUCCUUCCGAGAUAUCGUUUACUGGCAGCCCGCGCUGCAACUUAGUAAUUCCCUUCUCGAUCUUGAAGCCACGAACCUCUGCCACUUCCUGCUCUGUGAUAUCGACGAAAGACGCGACUCAUUGGAAGGUCUACAUACUUUGUUUGGACCUUGGCUGCUCGUUCGGGACUGCAGGCGAACUUUCGGGCGCUUCUUCAUCGAUUUUGCGUCCGCUGCCAGUGGUCGUGCAGCCUUCCUCUUUCGUCAUUGUCUUUGCGUUCCGCUCGCACCCAAUUCUUUUAGUUGCUGCGCUACUAUUGCGGCGCGCUGGCAUUAUGUACCAGCCUCCGGCCUCCCCAUUGUCUUCUCCAAGUCGAUCUCUAACUUGCCGUCAUCCUUCCUGGCUGGCCGCCUACUCUUCUUUGGGUCGCCAUCCUUAGCCACCGGAACAGACCAUCUGGGACUUUGGAACGGAUUUGCUAUCAAGAGCCGCGGGUAUGUGUGGGAGGGUUCGCGGGAGGAAAUACGAGAAAGUUCCCCCCCGCGACGCGUUCACCUUCCGCGAAGUUGGGUAUUGACUUAGCAUCCGACGAGUCAAGGCGAAGCUUAACGUCAGGUGGCGGAUCAGCAAACGUUCUUCGGCGAAUUAUAACG